ACAUGCUUAAGGAUAAAACACAGGCUCUAGCUAAGCAUGGAGCUGAAAACGGGGACAUGACACAAGACAGGACUAAGGCUAAAGACAUGUCAAUUAGCUAAACAUAGCAAUUAGCUACCCAUGGUACUUAGCUGAAGAUGUCCUUAGCCUAACACACACCUAGCUACACACUAAAGGCAAGAGAUACAGAAACACAGAGGCUAGGCUAAAGGACACACAGAGACUAACUACUUACCUAUUUUCUAACUCACAACAUGACACAACACCGAAUAAGCUCCACACACACAUGAACACCAUAGACUUACAUAUGAACAGAAUUAGACUGGGAACAUGCUUAGUAGUUAUGGGAUAACAUGAACUACAAAAUAACAAUAUAAAAUAAACCAACAUAUAAACAAAGAAAAACAAUGCACAAAACAAAAUGCCCACAUAACUGACAGUACAUACAAACAUUCAAUGCUCGACCCAAUUUCCCAGACUAAUCAGCUCUUUAUUGAAGAUUUAACGACCUACCUCGGUUCAGGUGUGCUCCCGCAUCGCCUGACUGAGGUGUCUUCUGGGAAACUGAGUCUGCAAAACAAAAACUACAAAGGGCAAAACAAUGCCCUCUAGUGCAAAUCUUCUCUUUUAAAUCUUCUGCAGUCCCACUUAUCAAGUAAUAUUUUCUUGCUACUUGGACAGAUAAUUUUACUGGUGUUAGUUGAAUUUCUUAAAACAAGAGACAUAAACUUACUUGAUAAGACGGACUGGAGAAGUUUCAUAUGAGAAACAGCUGAACUUUGGAUAGAUUUUUGCACAGAGGAUUGUGAAAUUUAACCCUGGUUACUUACAUUAAACUCGAUCUCUGGGUGACAAACUCCAUAGACAAUGUGCAAAGCAGGAAAAUUUAUAAUAAAAAAUUCAUAAAGACAUAUUGAAAUUUACUUAUAGACUAUAAAUUAUUAAUUGCACCCCAAUUCUGCAUAAAUACUGACUGGAAAACACCCAAACUAUGUCUUUGAGGCUAAUAUUUAAACUAUGGUAAAAAUUAUUAACUGGAAUUUUUUUUUUUUUUUUUUUUUUUACAGUGAUCUACAAAAGACAGGAGACAGAACAGGAAAGAACAUCAUCACAAAUACAGGGCACGACCCAGAAUCUGCUGCUGUAAAUAAAUUCCAGAAAAAGUUCAAAUUAAAUCUGAUGAAGAAGUUUCAGUUCUUGAAUGGAGUGAUAAUAAACCUGGGAACCCAAACACACCUGAAUGAGAUCUACACAGAGCUCUACAUUACAGAGGGAGACAGUGGAGACGUCAAUAAAGAACAUGAGGUAAGACAGAUUGAAGCAGCGUCCAGGAGAACAACAACAAAGGAAACACCAAUCAAAUGCAAUGACAUCUUUAAGCCCUUAUCUGACCAAGACGAACCCAUCAGAUCUGUGCUGACAAAGGGAGUCGCUGGCAUCGGAAAAACUGUCUCUGUGCAGAAGUUUAUUGUGGACUGGGCUGAAGGGAAAGCAAAUCAGGAUGUCCACCUCAUAUUUCCACUUCCUUUCAGAGAGCUGAAUUUGAUGAAGGACCUGAAACUGAGUCUGAUGGAGCUCCUUCAUGUCUGUUUUGAAAAAAUUAAAGAAACAGAAAUGUCCAGUUUGGAAAAGGUUCUGUUUAUUUUUGAUGGAUUGGACGAGUGUCGUUUUCCUCUAGAUUUCCAGAACACAGUGAGAGUGUGUGAUGUAACUAAAUCUGCAUCAGUGCCUGUGCUGCUGAUAAACCUGAUCAAAGGGAAUCUGCUUCCCUCUGCUCUCAUCUGGAUCACCUCCCGACCUGCAGCAUCUGAUCAAAUCCCCUCUGAGUGUGUCCAUCGAGUCACAGAGGUACGAGGGUUUAAUGACCCACAGAAGGAGGAGUACUUCAGGAAGCGGAUCAGUGAUCAGAGCCUGGCCAAUAACAUCAUCACACACCUGAAGUCAUUAAGGAGCCUCUACAUCAUGUGUCACAUCCCAGUCUUCUGCUGGAUUUCAGCUGCUGUUCUAGAGAGAAUUUUGGGUAAAGCAGAGAGUGGAGAGAUCCCUAAGACUCUGACUCAAAUGUACACACACUUCCUCAUCAUUCAGAUGAACAUCAUAAGAGAAAAAUACUCAAAGAAGCAGAAGAGUGAUGAAGAAAUGCUUCUUAAACUGGGACAACUGGCUUUUGAGCAGCUGGAGAAAGGGAACCUGAUCUUCUAUGAUGAAGACCUGAGAGAGUGUGGCAUUGAUGUGAGAGAAGCAGCAGUCUACUCAGGUGUGUGUACGCAGAUCUUCAGAGAGGAGUUUGGGCUUCACCAGAAUAAAGUGUACUGCUUUGUUCAUCUGAGCAUUCAGGAACACCUCGGAGCACUGUAUGUGCACCUAAUGUUUAGGAUGAAAAAGAGAAACGUUCUUAAAACGAGUCCAGCUUCAGAACAGAAGAAGGAAGAAAUUACAGUUUUAGAUUUCCACAAGUCUGCUGUAGUUGAAGCUUUAAAAAGUCAGACUGGACAUCUAGAUCUUUUCCUUCGCUUUCUUCUGGGUCUCUCACUGGAGUCCAAUCAGAAACUCUUACAGGCCUUAGUAACACAUACAGGAAGUAGCUUCCAGAAGACAGAGGAAACAGUUCAGUACAUUAAGGGGAGAAUCAGUGAAGAGCGUUCUACGGAGAAAUCCAUCAAUCUGUUCCACUGUCUGAAUGAACUGGGUGAUAAUUCUCUAGAGGAGGAAAUCCAACACUAUCUGAAAUCUGGAAAACAAGGUGAACUCUCUUCUUCAUCACAGUGGUCUGCUCUGGUGUUUGUGUUACUAACAUCAGCACAGGAGCUGGAAGAGUUUGACCUGAGUAAAUAUUUCAGUCCAGAUAAGAUAACAGAUGAUGUUCUUCUGAAACUGAUGCCUGUGAUUGCAGAAUCCAGGAAAGCAAUUCUCAGGUGUGAUAAAGUUGGAGUGAACAGUUGGUCAGCUCUGGUCUCAGCACUCAACUCAGAAACCUCCAAUCUGAGAGAACUGCAUCUGACUGUGAAAACACUGGAUCUGUCCUACAGUAAACUAGGAGACUCAGGAGUAAAGACUCUCUCUGCUGUACUGAAGAAUCCUCACAGUAAAGUGAAAAGUCUGAGGUUGUAUAAGUGUGGUGUCUCAGAUGAAGGCUGUGCUGCUCUGACUUCAGCUCUGAGAUCAAACCCCUCACACCUGAGAGAACUGGAUCUGUCCUAUAAUAAAGUAGAAGACUCAGGAGUGAAGUGUCUCUGUGCUGUACUGGAGAAUCCUCACUGUAAACUGGAGACACUGAGGUUGUAUGGUUGUGGUGUCUCAGAUGAAGGCUGUGCUGCUCUGACUUCAGCUCUGAGAUCAAACCCCUCACACCUGAGAGAACUGGAUCUGUUAGGGAAUAAUAAAAUAGAAGACUCAGGAAAGAAGCUGCUCUUUGCUCUUAAGGAUGAUAAGCAUUACAAACUACAGAAAUUAAACCUGAUGUGGUGAACAUCUUUGUGUGAUGAAGACUCCAGUGUUCCUGCGUUUCCGUGUUGGUGAAAAAGAACGUGCUCAUAACACAUCAUUCAUUUAAUUAUAACACAUUAAAGAGACUCAGAUACAUGAGAAGUGUGUGUUCAUCGUGCACAGUGAAUCACAGACUGAGUGAACACAGACAAGUGAAGUGACACAAGUCAUCAAACCUUAUCAAAGUGACCUUGUUGUGGUCGCUGGUUAUCCAAACACAUUCAUGGACAAAAAUUAACUGUUGUAUGAUGCAGGUUUGAAAGGUCAUGUGAUUAUUCUAUAUUUGAUUAUUUUCUAUAUUUUUAUUAAUAUUUUAUGUUUUUUUUUCUUAUGCAUGCUUUUUUAUUGCUUUUUUGUUUGCUUCACAAUUAAAAUGACUUUGUAUUUAAGUGCUUAUAGUGUCCAUAACUUAAUUAAAUACAUAAAAAAUAAUGAUAUACAUGUCACAAUGUAACAAACUUUGUAGCAAUGUUUGUAACAGUUAUUUAAAGAUGUUUUAUGUUUAAAAACAAAAAUAUUGUUACAAUACAAUUAAAAACUAAUUAUGCAUUAGUUAAAUGUAAUUUACUUUGCCAACAUUUUCUAUGUAAAAAUAUUACAUUAUAUGUAACGUCACUUCUUUUAACAGACAAUAAAGUUGAC